GGGUUGCUUUCUUGGAGCAGUGGCCAUUCCUUUUGCAGUAGGAACAGAAGAAGCAAUUGAGGAAGAACCACAGAAGAAUUCUGCUAGGGAAGAAAAGAACGCCGAAGAAGAAGAAGAAGAAGGAGAAGGAGAAGAAGGGAGAAUUUAAGGAGUCGAAUUUUAUUGAAUGUUGACUUUGAAUACCAAUGGACGGGAUCGAGGCGCAGCAGACAUCGUUGAGGGCGAUCGAUAAGGUCAUUGUUCACCCUCUGGUGCUUCUCAGCAUCGCCGACCACCACGAGCGUACGGUCUUCACGAUGAGUGAACGCGCUGUUGGAGUUCUCCUCGGGACUUCAUUCAGAGGCACUGUUGACGUCACAAAUUGUUAUGCAGUGCCCUUUGAAGAAGAUAGCAACAACCCAAGCAUUUGGUUUCUUAAUCGUAACUACCAUGACUCAAUGUUUUCCAUGUUCAAGAAAAUAAAUGCCAAGGAGCAUGUCGUAGGUUGGUAUAGUACAGGCCCGAAAUUGCGAAAGAAUGAUCUAGAUAUCCACGGAUUAUUCAAUGACUAUGUUCCAAAUCCUGUCUUGGUCAUAGUUGAUGUCCAUCAUGUGGAGCUGGAGCUGUUAACAACACCUGCCCGGGCUUACUGCGCUGUUGAAGAGGUUAAAGAGAAUGCUAUUCAGAAAAUUCAAGACUUUGUUCGUGUGCCUUCAGAAAUUGCUGCUAGUGAAGAAGAGGAAAUUGGAGUUGAGCACUUGCUGAGGGAUGUUCAAUAUACAACAAUCAACUCACUUGCAACAGAUGUUACUGGAAAAUUCACAGCCUUGCGUGAUUUGGAUAAACAGCUGUGGGUGAUUCAUCGUUAUCUUGAUGCUCUUAUUGAUGGUAGAGUUCCAUUAAGUCAUGAGAUUCUUUACCAUAUUCAGGAUAUGUUCAAUCUUCUUACAAAUAUCAAUGUAACCGAGUUAAUCAGAGCAUUUUAUGUGAAAACAAAUGAUAUGAUGUCAGUAAUAUAUCUUUCAUCUCUCAUCAGAAGUGUUAUUGCACUCCACAACCUGAUUAAUAACAAGUCGUUAAACAAAGAGCACGAGGAAGCUGAGGAUGCAAAGACAGCAACCAUUCCUUCCGUUGCCAAAACCUGAACAUUAGUAUUUUCACUGGGUUUUGGGACAUCAAUGUUACAGCUCCAGUUCUUGGCGAAGGGGAACUUGGUUUAAUGUUACUUCAAGAGUCAUCUUUCCUUCAUGAGGAUUUUGUCGUCUCUGCAGUGCAGUUGUGGACGUUCAGGGUCCACCCCCAUUGUUUUGUUAUAUUGUGAUGUUUGUGAAGUGCAGGUGUAUGACAUGUUAUGGCAUCUUAAGAUAGCCAUGAUGUCAAAAUAUCUUUCCUCCCCAAAUUUCUAUCCAUUUCCAGCAAUUGAGCUAGGUGUCCCUGCUGAUGCAUUUGUUGUUUUUGGCAUUGUCAUUGAAAUCCACCAGUCAUUUGACCAUUAAAGCUUGUACAAAAUGUUCCUCAAACCUUAAUUUGCCUAUGUAGAAAUGAAUCCCCUAAUGCUUGCCCUGUCUAA